AUGCAUUUCUCUUUUGUUGGUGUGACUGUGUCGCUUCUGUGCGCGAGCGCUACGGCGUUCACUCCAGCAUCGACCUUCGGAACAGACAAGCUCAACGACCAUGGUAUGACAAAGCUGAAGACAUAUCUUCACAAGCAUCGUGGCCAAAACAACUGUACUUUGGAGACAGCUGUCAAACGUCAGGAGUGCACUCUCUCGAACUCGAGCAAGAAGAAGUAUAUCGAUGCUGUGCUGUGCCUCCAGUCAAAGCCAGCGAUUAGUGGCAGCCUCGCUCCAGGCGCAAGAUCACGCUACGAUGACUUUUUGGCGACUCACAUCAAUCANACUCUGACUAUCCAUGGAACUGGCAACUUUCUCAGCUGGCACCGUUACUACGUCCAUACCUUUGAAGAAGCUCUUCGUAACGAAUGUGGCUACGAUGGUUAUAUCCCUUACGCAAACUGGGGAAAAUAUGCUGAAGAUCUGCUGAAUGCUCCUAUCUUUGAUGGCAGUGAAUACUCCAUCUCUGGGAACGGAGUGUAUAGGAACCACACUGGUGCUUCGAUUCCCGGUGCAGCCACACCUUUCAUCCAGCUUCCUGCAGGUCCUGGAGGCGGUUGUGUUACCACUGGGCCAUUCAAGAACAUGACUGUCAAUCUUGGUCCUGUCUCCCCAGUGUUCAGCGACGUCCCUACCAAUCCUCGUCCUGAUGGGUUGGGCUACAACCCACGCUGUCUGCGCCGGGAUAUUGGUGUCUAUGCUGCCAGCAUCGCUUCCACAGAUGCCAACAGUACAUCCCUGAUCAGACAAAACACCUACAUUGGCGACUUUCAGACCGUGAUGCAAGGAGACUUUGCGGCAGGCUUGCUGGGCGUACAUACAGCCGGUCACUUUUGGGUAGGCGGCGACCCUGGUGGAGAUAUCUUUUCAUCGCCAGGAGAUCCCUGGUUCUGGCUGCAUCAUGCACAGAUUGACCGUACCUGGUGGAUCUGGCAGAACCAAGAUCCGGCGAAUCGCAGCAGUGCCAAGGGUAACAACUCUUUGGCUGGAACCAUUACCUUGAACAACAGCCCACCAUCCAGGAACACCAGCAUGGAGGAUGUGAUUGACUUGGGCGUUAAUGCGAAGAGCAUCUUGAUCAAGGACGCGCUGAGUACCACAGCUGGUCCAUUCUGUUACGUGUAUGUUUAA